GCUCCAGCUUAACGACGUGCUGCAUUCAGGUCGCAUUUUCAGAUACUAAGUAUUUGUAGAUUUUUUUUUCUGCUAUUCCUUUAUGCAUUUAUAGUUUUCAGUUGCCUAAAAAAUACAUUUAAAUGUACUUGUUUUCUAGACAUAAAUGUUACUGAUAUUUGCUGGAGCUGCGAGUUCCUCCGACUGAUGCAAAAUGUUCAAGUGGUUAUUCCACAGCUAACUCCAGAUUUCAUAAUAUUCUAUAGUUCUAAUUAUUUGCUGUAUAAAUGCUUUUGUUGUAAUUGUAAAUGUUUGCUUCGUCGAUUUGAUGCAAACGUCGUUUAUAUCCAGUACUGUAUGGAAUAUUAAGCUUGGAUUAUCAUUUUUUACCAUUGUCGAGUGUGACAUGAAUGCAGCACAGCUAGUUUUCCAAAGUCAACCCACGGGUAGCUGCAGUCGUUUAGUUGUACGUAAAUUAUUAGUGAUAUUUGGUUGCCUGUACAAACAUGCACGUACUUUUCAAGUUUUUAUUAGAGUUUCAUGACAUUCAAUGAGAAUUUAAGUCGAUAAAACACAGUGAACUUGAGUGCCGUAAUAUCUGCAUUCGACCUGUCAGGUCUGAGAAAGUUGCGGAAGGCGCACUGUUGACAGUCAUGGAAGUACAGAGUAGCGGGUCCGUUCAAAUCUCUCUCGGACAACAUUAGCUCUCCUAGCAAAAGGAAACAAUGGCGUCUGUUAUGGAGGAUCCCACCCUGGAGAGACACUUUAAGGGACAUAAAGAUGCUGUCACCUGUGCAGACUUCAAUCCAAACCGCAAACAACUUGCCUCAGGGUCAGCUGAUAAGAGUCUGAUGAUCUGGAAUCUGGCUCCCAAAGGGAGAGCCUUUCGCUUUGUUGGCCACCAAGAUGUCAUCACUGGGGUGCAGUUCUCCCCCUCUGGCUCUCUAGUGGCAACUUCGUCCAAAGACAGGACAGUUCGACUGUGGACACCUUCCAUGAAAGGCGAGUCAACAGUGUUUAAAGCCCACACGGCUGCUGUGCGCAGUGCUGCUUUCUCCCAUGACGGCCAGAGACUGGUGACAGCAUCUGAUGACAAGUCUAUCAAAGUGUGGAGUGUUCAUCGACAGUGCUUCAUCUACUCCCUCAACCAGCACACUAACUGGGUGCGCUGUGCUAGAUUUUCUCCGGAUGGGAGGCUCAUAGCCUCCUGUGGGGACGAUCGGUCUGUCCGGCUGUGGGACACAACCACCAAACACUGCAUUAACUGUUUCACUGACUAUGGAGGAUCAGCAACAUUUGUUGAUUUUAACUCCAGUGGCACCUGUAUUGCUGCCUCAGGAGCUGACAGUUCACUAAAAAUCUGGGAUCUUCGGACCAACAAGCUGAUUCAGCAUUAUCAAGUCCACAGUGCAGGAAUCAAUAGUUUUUCCUUUCACCCGUCCAACAACUACUUGGUCAGUGGCUCCAGUGACAGCACUGUUAAGAUCCUGGACCUGUUGGAGGGACGUCUCAUCUACACCCUCCACGGACACAAGGGUGCUGUGAUCACAGUAGCAUUUUCUAGAGAGGGAGAUCUGUUUGCCUCGGGGGGAGCUGAUAGUCAGGUGCUCCUGUGGAGGACAAACUUUGACAGCAGAUCUUAUCAGGACGUCCUACAACAACACAGCCGGAGAUCCACCCCAGAUCCCCCACCUCACCUGUCUGAUAUUUAUCCCAGGACAGCCCACCUUCAUCAACCACAGACCACAGCCAUUCAGGUCAGUCCAACAGUGGCAGACACCCGGUCCACUGACCCACAUGUCAUAGAGUUGGGUCAAGCUUUUCACAGCACCACGCUCUUAAACAGUAAAACAAACUUGACGCCCACGCAGGCCAGCGCCAACGGUCACUACUCCAACGGUUUGCCGGCGCGUCACGUCGCCAGUUCAAGAGUGGAAGGGUGGAUGGGGGGAGAAAGUGCCGGUAGGGGAGGUUUGACUGCUGGGAACCAGACUGGGCCUGACAGGGGAGGAAAAGGAAGGAGAGAGGAAGAGGAGAUAGCACAGACGCACCCACUGGAGGUUCUCUCCGGUCAUCCGUCGAGUCUGGACUCGACCCUACGGCACAUUGUUCAACAGUUGGAUAUUCUCACGCAGACUGUUUCAGUGUUGGAGGAGCGUCUCACCCUGACUGAGGACAAGCUGAAGGAGUGUCUCCUCCACCAAUCCCAGAUUCUGAAGGAUGUGCGAGCAUCAGAAGCAUGGCGGAGGACGGACAGCGAGGGGACAGAUGGAUCACCUGUCCAUUUCACCUGAGAACAACCUCACCCUCUAUCAGACUGCAGCACAAUCACACAUUGUGUUGUUGUGCUUAACCCCAACACUGCUGAACAUGUGUGUGUGAGUGAUUUUAACCACUAUGGUGGUCUUUCUCAGGGGUCAGUGGGUUAAUCAGGAUUUGGGCAAUGAUAGAAGUUUCUUUUCGACUGCAUGUGUCUGUGCGUGGAAGUGUGCAAUACCAACAUAUUUUGUCCAUGACUCUCUACACUUGUUAAGGAUAUCUAGCUGCACAGCCAAGAAGACAUUCCAUUUCUGUGUGUGUGUGUGUGUGUGUGUGUGUGUGUGUGUGUGUGUGUGUGUGUGUGUGUGUGUGUGUGUGUGUGUGUGUGUGUGUGUGUGUGUGUGUGUGUGUGUGUGUGUGUGUGUGUGUGUGUGUGUGUGUGUGUGUGUGUGUGUGUGUGUGUGUGUGUGUGUGGACGGUACAUCCAAUCUGGACAGCUGCAGCUAUGAAAACAGACGGUGCUUGUCUGCCAUAUGACCUUUUUGUGCGAAUGCGUUUACAUGUGUAUACUUGUGAAUUAGCAGAUGUUUUUGCAGUUUUGUGCUUCAGCAAUAACAUUUUUUAUAGCAUUUUGUUUGCAUCUUUGCAUAAUGCCAUGUAAUUUUAAACCAAGCUGUGCACACAUUGCCUCAAGCAAACCUUCCCAAAUAAUUAUUAUUUAUAUGAAUAAACAAUUUAUUAUAUUCCACUAAUUCUAAUAGUACGGUCUGUAUCUUUGUUCGGACAAAAGUCACAAAAACAGAAAAAAAUUAACACAUUCAGUUCCUUCAUUUUCAAGACUGAUUCUUGUUUUCAUGGUUAUUGGCUAAAACUUGUUUUUGUUUUCUGAAUUACAUCAAAAUGCAGUCAGAGUUAUUGACUUUUAGCUUGAAGGCCAUACUUAGCAUCAAACCACUUAAGACAAAUCAAGUAAGAUGACAUUGAGACAGAUUAGCCUCAUGGAUUCCCAAUACUGAAACCGAUUUGGUAGCACUUUAUAAUAACUAUACACUAUUAAGCAUUAGUUAAGCAUUGGUUAAGCAUAAUUUCAGCAUUAGUUAAUCCUUAAAUCCUCAUGAACUCAUCAUGAAUUCACCAUUAGUAAUGCAUUACAAAGCAUUAGUAAAGACAGUUUUAAAUGUUCAACCAACACAUUAUUAAGCAUUAGUUAAACAUUAGUAAAGUGCUUAAUUCAUCGUUAACUCAUCAUUUGUAACUAAUUAGUUAUACGUGCAUAAUUAAUCAUGAAUUCAUGAUCUGUAUGACAUUUAUUAUGCAUUACUAAGCACUUAAUAAAUCCGGUUAAAAAUGUUUUGUUGCUCAUUGAUAAUCUCAGAUGUUAAUACUUUAUAAAGGGUUAGCAACUGUGUUAGUAUAUGAUUUACAAACACAUAUUCAUCCUCAAUGAAUAACUUAUUAAUGCGGUUACUACUCAUUAGUUAAGUAUAUUCCGUGAGCCCAUCUAAAGUGAGGACUAUCUAUGCUUUAUAAAGCAUUUAUAAAGGACACAGAAGCAAAGAUAUACAAAGUGUCAGUUUUAUUGGUCCCAAACAAUACAAGCUCUUUUAGUAAAACAAAUAUACCGUUUUCAAAUAUUGCAAGAUAACACUAGAUAAUUUCUGCAACCUGUUUGCCUCUACGAUCAGCUGCCAUCUCCCCAGCGUGAUA